AUGUCCGACCAGGAAUGGAAGCCCAAGAUGCGCCCUCAGUCCACUAUGGCGCAAGCAUUCUCGUCCGCCUUGGACAGCGCAUUCAUGCUUGACUCCGAUGUCAACAACCUAUCGCAAACCGUCGAUCAGAAGAAGCAACAGAUGAUGAUCCAGAAUCGCGAGCUGGAGGAACUGCAGAACCGCAUUCGCGAGGCGGAACAACGCCUCCAGAUGUCCCAGAAGGCGGGCGUGGCCCCCGCCGGCUCAGGGCAGCAGGCUUCCCACGGAUUCGAGCACUCUGAGCAGCGGGCCAACCAUUAA